AUGGCGCCCCCCAAGAAAGGCAAGGGAAAGGACAAGGGCGCCGUAGCCGCCCCAGCAGCUCAACCUGCCGCAUCGUCCUCCAAGGAUGGUGCCAAGAGCAAGAAGACCGCUGGCUUGUCGCUCAUGGAGCAGGCUGCCGGCCCAGCCGCCAACAAGCCGACUGUCAAACAGAUUAUCGGCGGGUCAUCAUGGACGGGGAAGCUGCCCCAGAACCUCUUCAACGAAUACUGCCAGAAACAGCAGUGGGAAAAGCCCGUCUACGACAUGCGAAAGACCCCCGAGGGAUACGCUUGCUUCGUCACCGUCAGCGCAAAGGACCCGAAGACCAAGGAGCUCAUGACCCUGGACCCGUUCAAGAUCGCCCCUGACUACAAGCACCUUCUCACAAGGCCCACCGCCCUGGAGGCUAGGCACGCCGCGGCAACUUACGCCCUCUUCAGGGUCUGCAGUAUGCAGAACAAGCACACUGUUCUGCCGCCGGACUAUAAGUCCAUGUGGAAGGACUUCCAAGACAUCAAGAAGCAGGAUGUGAAGGACGGCAAGGCAUGGAUGUACGACGCGGACCCGUUCAAGACUCUUAGAGAGAGGCAAGAUUCCAAGGCAGCCGCGGAGAAGAAGAGAAAGGAGGCCGAGGCGGCCAAGGAGAAAGCGAAAUCCAUGCCUGGCGCAUCAGGAUUGAGCGCGUCCAACGCCAUGAAGGGCUGGAUCACAGCGCCAAAGAUUGAGAUGGGCAAGCGCUCGCGGACGCAGGUCGAGGCUCUGAUUCAAAAGUACGUCACCUGGAACCCGAACAAGGUGCAGAUGCCGGCAAUGCAGAAGAAGGCCAUCAUCGACGAGCUCAGCAAAUUGAACUUCCGACGAAGCCAUGUGGAAGAAGCCACAGAGAUCUGCAAAGAUCGUGAGGAGACGCUGGAGUGGCUGUUGAUUCACGUACCCGAGGACGACCUACCCCGUUGGGCCCUGCCAGAGAGCUAUGCCGCGGGAAUCUCGGUCGCAUCGAUGGAUCUCAAGAAGGAGGGUGCCAUCAAGCGCCUCUCCGAAUCAGGCUAUGCCCCUGACCUCUGCGCUCGCGUUCUGGAAGAGGCCGGCGGAAGUGAGGGCAAAGCAGCUGAGCUUCUUCAGCAACGCCUCGUGGGCCAGCUGUCGGAGGACGCACAGCGGAGCACCGUGGAGGAGCUUCUUCCACCGGGCGUCUCGGCCGAUGAGCUGUGGGACGACGAAGUGUCCGCGAUGGAGUCUUCCUUCGGCGAUCAUUUCAAAAAGACCUCACCCGAUAUCAUCGAGGUCAAGCUGGAGAAGGUAAAGAACGUAGGCAAGCCGGUAGAAGCGGCAGUUCAGGUCCGCAAGACGCCCAAUUACCCCGCCCAGCUCAUCUUCGCCGUCGUGGCGCCCCUCCCGGCGCAAAUCAAGCUGUCCAUCAUCAAGCAGACUCUUGCCUAUUUGGAGGAUUCCUAUUGGGAAGAGCCCAUGAAGGUUUUUGUGGCCAUCGACUGGAUUCAGCAGAACGUCAACAGCAUCAUCGAACGGCCCGGGAAGCUUUCCGAGAUCUCUGCGGUGGCAUCGACGGCAUCCGAGGUCCCUAGCGAGGCUCGACCGCAGAGGCCCCCAACAAAAACACAGAGGCUGCCCAAGCCCAUCUCGUGGACACCCGAUUCUCGGACACGAGACGAGUGGCUGAGAAGGACCGAGGAACCUGCCUGGGAGAAGAUGAUGUCGAAGCGCCAGAAGUUGCCGGCGUGGCAGGUUCGUGAAAAGAUCAUCAACACUGUCGAACACAACCAUGUCACCAUCAUCAGCGGAGAGACUGGUUCUGGCAAGUCGACGCAGUCGGUCCAAUUCAUCUUGGAUGAUUUGUACAAUAGGGGGCUGGGUAAAUGUGUGAACAUGCUGGUCACUCAGCCCAGGAGAAUCUCCGCACUCGGUCUGGCCGACCGUGUGGCCGAGGAACGAUGCACCAGGGUCGGAGACGAGAUUGGUUACGCCAUUCGUGGCGAGAACCGCCGGAGCAACAACACGAAGAUCACGUUCGUGACGACUGGUGUGCUACUCAGAAGGCUGCAGACCUCUGGUGGAAAGAUCGAAGAUGUCGCGGCAUCGCUAGCUGACGUCAGCCACGUUGUCAUCGACGAAGUGCACGAGCGCAGUUUGGAUACGGACUUCCUUCUCACCAUUGUCAGGGAGGUCAUGAAGGAGAGAAAGAACCUCUUGAAACUGGUGCUCAUGAGUGCCACUCUUGAUGCCGCAUCUUUCAACUAUUACUUCACCUCCCAGGGCCUGGACGUCGGCAUGGUGGAGAUCGCCGGAAGGACAUACCCUGUUGACGACUACUACUUGGACGACAUCAUCAGCAUGACGGGCUUCAGGGGCGACGCGGGUGAUGCGGACGGUGGGCGAGGCGACGCGAUGGGCAAGACGAUCCAAAAGCUGGGUCACCGCAUCAACUACGACCUUCUCGCAGAGACUGUAAGGGAGAUCGACGCAGACCUCUCUCAUUCGCACAAGACGGGAGGAAUCCUCAUCUUCCUCCCCGGAGUGGCGGAAAUCAAUCGGGCUUGCGGCGCGCUUCGGUCGAUCAACUCGUUGCAUGUGCUCCCCCUUCACGCCUCUCUCGAGACGAAGGAGCAAAAGCGCGUGUUUACCAGCCCACCCAGCGGUAAGAGAAAGAUCGUGGUUGCUACCAACGUGGCGGAGACGUCGAUUACGAUUGACGACAUCGUUGCCGUCAUCGACAGCGGCAAGGUGAAGGAGACUACGUAUGACCCUGUGAAUAACAUGAGGAAGUUGGAGGAGAACUGGGCAUCCCAGGCGGCCUGCAAACAACGACGAGGCCGUGCAGGCAGAGUCCAGGCGGGCAAGUGCUACAAGCUCUACACCAGAAAUCUCGAGCAACAGAUGGCCGAACGUCCCGAUCCCGAGAUCAGGCGAGUGCCGCUGGAGCAGAUGUGUCUUUCAGUGCGCGCCAUGGGAAUGAGGAACGUGGCCGGGUUUCUUUCGCAGUCGCCCACGCCUCCAGACAGCACGGCGGUCGACGGAGCUAUCAAGCUGCUGCGGCGGAUGGGUGCGUUGGACGGAGAUGAAAUGACGGCCCUAGGACAGCAGCUCGCCAUGAUCCCAGCCGAUCUCCGAUGCGCAAAACUCAUGGUUUACGGUGCCAUUUUUGGGUGUUUGGAUGACUGUGUCGCGAUUGCAGCCAUCCUCAGUACCCGCAGCCCUUUUAUGUCGCCUCCGGACAAGCGAGACCAGGCAAAGGACGCACGCAUGCGCUUCUCCAACGGCGACGGCGACCUCCUUACCGACCUCGAGGCCUUCAAGCAGUGGGACGAGAUGAGGGGCGACGGCGUAGGUCAACGCCAGCUGCGCAACUUCUGCGAUGAUAACUUCCUCUCGUGGCUCACGCUGAACGACAUAUCGGCAACUCGGAUGCAGUACUACUCGGCCCUUUCCGAGAUUGGAAUCGUCGAGACGAACCGGUUUGCGGCGGCGCAGAGUCGGAGCAAGUCCGGCAUGACGCUUCUACGAGCGCUCACGGCUUCAGCGUUCAACCCGCAGAUCGCGCGCAUUCAGUACCCCGACAAGAAGUUCACCAAUACGGUUUCUGGUACGAAGGAGCUGGACCCGGAGGCGCGGACGAUCAAGUACUUCACCCAGGAGCAGGGCCGCGUGUUUGUGCACCCCAGCAGCACGCUGUUCGGCAGCCAGGGGUUCACCGGCAACGCUUCGUUCAUGUCAUACUUCACCCUGAUCUCCACUAGCAAGACGUUCAUUCGGGACCUGACGCCUUUCAACGCAUACACGUUGCUUUUGUUCUCGGGUGCUAUCAGCCUGGAUACCUUGGGAAGAGGACUUGUGGUCGAUGAGUGGGUGCGUCUCCGGGGAUGGGCACGACUGGGAGUCUUGGUGUCAAGACUCAGAGGCAUGGUUGACGAUGUGAUUGCGAUGAAGAUUGAGAAUCCUGGGUUGGAUCUCACGGACAACGAGGUGAUUAAGAUGGUUGGAAAGCUGAUAGAGCUGGACGGAUUAGACGCAUAA